ACAGUAUAGUACAACAAUACAGUAAUAGUAUAGUAACGAUAACCCCAGGCGGGACAGAGAAGGAGAGGUGGGCAUGUACUAGCCUUAGCAUAGCCCCCUUCAGCUCUCGGGCUCCUCUUGGCAGACAACACAGGGGAAGGAGGGAGGACGGAAAGAGGAGGGGUAGGCGGCGGCUGAUGUAAUAUUGACAAGGAGUGGCGAGAGCCGGUGUAAGCACGCUGCUGCCAUACCGCCCAUCACUGCACACCGACCUCGUGUGAGGGAACACCGUGCCCGGGAGAGAGCCGCACACUGCCCACCCUGGACUUGUCAGGGGGCUGAGACCACCAUGACUGAUAGAAUGACCACCCUACAGAUCAAAAUGAGCUCCAACGUUCUUCUCGGUUUUGGACAGCAGCUCUUUCGCCGUAAGGUUGUAGGAUCUGACUCUAAGGAGAGCAGGCUGGCAAGAUGCCUCAACACUUUUGACCUAGUUGCUCUAGGAGUGGGCAGUACCCUUGGUGCCGGAGUAUAUGUUUUAGCCGGUGCUGUGGCACGAGAAAAUGCUGGACCUGCUAUCGUUCUCUGUUUCCUCAUUGCUGCCCUCGCUUCUGUUUUGGCUGGAUUAUGUUAUGGAGAAUUUGGUGCAAGAGUUCCGAAAACUGGCUCUGCCUAUUUGUACAGUUAUGUCACCGUCGGAGAAUUCCUGGCUUUUAUAACGGGCUGGAAUUUGAUUUUAUCUUACGUUAUUGGGACCUCAAGUGUGGCCCGAGCCUGGAGUGCCACCUUUGACGAACUUAUUGGCAAACAUAUCGAACUGUUCUGUACACAGCAUUUUUCCAUGAAUUUGCCAGGUGUACUGGCCAAGUAUCCAGAUCUGUUCUCAGUCAUCCUUAUUGUGGUACUAACAGCUCUCUUAUGCAUUGGAGUGAAAGAAUCAGCUCUUGUUAACAAAGUCUUUACAUGUAUCAAUGUGCUGGUCCUGGCAUUUGUUAUCGUGUCUGGAUUUGUGAAAGGAUCCAUUAAGAACUGGCAACUCUCUGAGGAGGACUUCAAUAAGACCAACAUGACGUUUUCAGACAAUAGCACACAGCAGAACAGUUGGGCGUAUGGUGCUGGCGGAUUUAUGCCAUAUGGUUUUUCCGGAGUCCUUUCUGGAGCUGCUACUUGCUUUUACGCCUUUGUUGGAUUUGACUGUAUUGCCACUACAGGCGAAGAAGUAAAAAACCCACAGAAAGCUAUUCCUAUUGGCAUUGUGGCUUCUCUCCUCAUCUGUUUUGUGGCGUACUUUGGGGUGUCUGCAGCGCUCACACUUAUGAUGCCGUAUUAUCUUCUGGAUCCAAACAGCCCAUUGCCUGUGGCUUUUAAUCAUGUGGGAUGGUUCGGUGCAAAGUAUGCGGUUGCUGUUGGAUCUCUGUGUGCGCUCUCUACUAGUCUUCUCGGUUCCAUGUUCCCAAUGCCUCGAGUGAUUUAUGCAAUGGCAGAUGAUGGGCUGCUAUUUAAAGUUUUAGCCAGAGUCAGUGAAAAGAGCAAAACUCCAGUAAUAGCCACAGUUUCCUCUGGAGCAGUUGCAGCUUUGAUGGCUUUUUUAUUUGAUUUAAAAGACUUGGUGGAUCUGAUGUCCAUCGGGACACUUCUUGCCUACUCGCUGGUGGCCGCCUGUGUUAUGGUUUUGAGGUAUCAGCCAGAACAGCCAAAUCUUGCCUAUCAAAUGGCCAGCACCAACGAAGAGGCCGAUGUCAAUGAGUCGGUCAGUACCAGCGAGUCCCAACAUGGAAUACUGGGUGAAGAUGACAAAUUUGCCUUUCAGAUGCUUCUGUUUCCUCGAAACAAACAACCAACCAGAUUAUCAGGAUCUAUAGUAAAUUAUUCAGCAGGGAUUGUAGGUGUACUCAUAAUCACCUUUUGCUGCUUAAUGGUUUUCGGUCAAAGCUCCUUGGUAAAAGGUGAAGCUGACAUCAUUAUUCCAAUUGCGAUCGUAUUUCUGUUAACCUUAGUCUUUACGGUUAUCAUAUGGAGACAACCACAGAGCAAAACUAAACUGUCCUUUAAGGUACCGUGUGUCCCUGUUAUCCCCGUCUUGAGCAUUUUUGUGAACGUAUACCUGAUGAUGCAGCUGGGUGCAGGCACCUGGGUACGAUUCGCAAUAUGGAUGGUAAUCGGUUUCAUCAUAUACUUCAGUUAUGGCAUUUGGAACAGUAAUGAAGCUGUUGGCUCCAUACCAGAGAAAAAUACAACAGAUUACAAAAGGACCAAUGUGUUAAAUAAUGAGAAACAGGCUUUUCUGGAUGAUCCAGAACCUGCUAACUCAGUAAUGGCUUGAAGCCCGGAGCUGGAUGGUACCACAUUAAUGCAAUCUGUCAAAAUGGACUUCACCCAAAGCUUGCAACCUGCACAAACCAUACAACACCAGACAAGUGAUGGCGCCUCCAAAUGGUCAACCCAGAGUGUCACUUGUCUUUUAUUGCUGCUAUUCUCUUUACAACACAAGUUGUGGAUUUUGCUUUAACAGAACAGGCCUGCUGCGGUUCUACCAUACUGCGCCUCCUGUAGAAAAUCAUGAAUCCAUGUCCACCACAGCGGCAGGUCUUUAUUGUGGGUAUUAGAAAGAGAAUACGAACUUGUUCGUGAGGCAGGAAGUCACUGAAAGAGGGGUUAAAAAUUGAUAAUUGGGGGAUAUAUUCACUUUUAGCAAAGAGUUCCCUGCCAGUGAUCCAUGUUGGGAAAUUAGUUUACAUCCAAAAUAGCACAAAAUGUGUUAAUUUUAUACCUUGAAGAAAACUUAAUUUAUUGUUUUUAACCUUUUUUUAUCUAUUUGUUUUUACUCUUGUAGUGCAGGGCACUUAAAAGGGAGAUCUCUUCCAAUAUUCCAGUCUUCUCAGUUUUUAUAUUGUAUGCUGAACACUAGAAAAUACAUGUUUUACCUUUGGGUUUGUAGCCCAGUGUGUUACUCCCGUUGGACAUCGUCAAUGGUGCGGUGGCUGACAGUGUAGUAACAAAGAUGUACAGGUUUGGAUGGACCAUUAAUCUACUUGCUAGGGUGUGGGGAUUUAUUCCCCCUCCACAUUGGACCUGUACAGGGCUUUCCCUGUUCAAGGGCAUUGCAACCUAACCAGGUUGGCCCAUUGGUUACCCAAAGAUUGGGAAGAGGUGAGGAAGUAAGCAUCAAGUCCUAGGAUGGGAUGUAAACUAGGGAACCAUUCUUAUUUAAGAUCAUAUUGACAAUACAAUGUAUGUUAUCCUGGCAUCAGUCUCCUCCAUCUCCCAGGCUGAUGUGUCUAAUUUUAUUACUAAGCCUGCAUUUAUUUAAGCAACUAUUUGUUACAUGUAGAAAAUGCGAGGGGGUCACUUUGGAUCGAAACAUUAUGGCAUUCUGUAUGCUGCAAUUCCAGUCCAGCAGGCUGUAUUGACUGAAACUUGAAGUAUUAACAGUUCUAUGACCAUCAUACGAAGAAAAUUGUCAGUGGUCACGAGGUUGGGGUACCUCUUCUGAGAUUCUGUACAUUGAAUAUGGGUUAUUUAACUGAAUAAGAUGUUGUUGGGCCUACAUUACUACAAAUCCUACAUUGCAGUACUUUGUUUAUUACGUUCUCAUGAGUAACACCAUGCGAGAGAGAUCAUUUCUUCUUCAAGGUGCUCAGCAUCUCAUAUACCGUACUUAUCUUGGGAAACCUGCAUCUUCAUAGUUAGACAAUCACUCAAGGAUUCCUUCCACCGUGCCUAGUAGUCUGAUACAUAACGUGUCGGCAAUCGAAAAUAUAAACACUUGGACCCUUAUAAGGUAGAAGAUGUCCUCUGAAAAAACAGGUCAAAGUGAUAAUUUCCAAGAUUGUAUUUUAUGUAAAUUGUAUGUCAUUUUCUUUGCUUCUAUGGCCAGUAUUGCAUCCACAUUUUUGUAUCCAUAUUGCAGAUACAAGUCCUGGUCUGACAGCUGUUUAGGUUUAGGUAUUUAGAAAUUCUGUCAGGCCGGGACCUGUUUAGGUAACACAGAUGCAAAAAUGCACAUGUAAUGUGCUUGUAUGAAACCAGCCUAACCAAAAUGUACUACAGUGGUCCCUCAACAUACGAUGGUAAUCCGUUCCAAAUGGACGAUCGUAUGUUGAGGAAUCCGUGCAAUGUAAAGAAUAGGACACUGGUCUACAACCUGCGGACCGAAAGAUGUUGCAAAACUACAACACCCAGCAUGCCCGGACAGCCGUUGGCUGUCCGGGCUUGCUGGGAGUUGUAGUUUUGCAACAUCUGGAGCUCCGCAGGUUGAAGACCACUGGUAUAGGAGGUAAUACUCACUUGUCCCCGCCGUUCCGGACAGUCACUGCUGCUCUGGAUGUCGCCCUCCAUCGCUGUCGCCGCGUCCCCGGGGUGUCCCCGACGCUCCGGCAAGGCCUCUGCUUCCCCGGCAUCCUCGCUCUCUGUCGCCGCCAUCACGUCGUUACGCAUGCCGCUCCUAUUAGAUGAUGGGACGGCGUGCGCAGCGACGUGAUGACGAUGAUGGAGAGCGCCGACGAUGCAGGGGAGCCCGAAGAGGAUGCGUCGGAGCCCCGAGGACAGGUAAGUGAUUGUCAGUGGAGCACACGGGGCACCGUAAACGGCUAUCAGGCGGCAGCUGAAGCAGUCAGCGCUGCCAGAUAGCCGUUUAUGCGAUGGCCCCGACAUACAAAAGCAUCGUAUGUUGAUGCUGCCUUCAACAUGCGAUGGCCUCUGAGAGGCAAUCGUAUGUUUAAAUGAUCGUAUGUCGGGGCCAUCGUAGGUCGGGGGGGGUCAUUGUAUAUACACGCUCCCCUAGGGACCAGGAGUAUCUGCCACCUCUGCACUCCUACAGCUGUGACUCCACUUCUGACAACAGUUAAUAUGGUAGCUGGACAAAGGAUUAGGCAUUGUACAUGCCCUACCCAACGUCCCCAACAGGGAUCACUGUACUGACACUGUAAGUCAAUUCUAUUCUGGUUGUAGACUCUAGAACUAUGAGAAAUGGUGGAGGAAGGGAAAUAUUUCACUUCCUCCCCCAUUUUUUAUUUUUCUCAUGAAUUUUUGGGAGUACUACAUCUUAGGUGGGUAGACACCUGUGUGUUUCUAUGCCCUAGUUAGACUCUAGAACUACACAUGGCCAACACAAUGACAAUACAAUGUCUGAGCACAGAUGAGACUUUUUAAUAUAACCCUUGUCUAGUGUUCUUUUAAACCCAUGUUGGUAAUGAACUGUUACUUGGGUUACAUGUUCACACUAUUAGGCCUGGCCUAAAACAGUUGUGUGCAGAUUAUGAAUUUUUUCUCAGUAAUAAUCGGAUGCUGGAAGUUUCUAUUUCUGUUGCUUUCCGGGACAUCAUGUACAUAAAAAAAUGUAUAUAUAGAAUUUGUGCAGUUUUUUUUUGUCCUAUAUGAAAGCCAUAACAUUUCUUGUAUUUUUUUUAGUGGGAGGCACAUUUUUCCAACAAUCAUCUAUAAUUUUUGGGUUGAUUUGUCAUUUCUGUUUAUUGGUGAAUUAUCACAUAAUCUGGAAUAUUGGUUCCAUACAGAGAUUAUGCUAUAAAUGUUAAUCUGUGGAUUACCUUUAAGUGUUCUUAAUGAUGAUUUUAAUGUGGGUCCGGGCUGAGCCAAUGUCCACAACAGAGAAACUCUGGCAAAUGUCCAGGCACCAUCUGCAGGGGGGGGCUCAAUGAUCGUGCUGCAAGGUUGAGGUGGGGGGCAGCUCAUUGUGAGGUCACAAACACACGAAGCAGGCUUUAGGAUUUGAUUUUGUAAUGUUAGGGAAUAUUAUGAGAGAUUACUAACUUUAAUAAAAAAUAAACUAGCGCCAUGAAUCAAUGGCCUAUACCAACCCGAUUUGCAGUUCUUUUGGCUGCACUGUAAUUUUUGGAAUAAAAGGUUAUCCAGGACCAGAAAAAAACAUAGCUGCUUCCUUCUACAAACGGCAUCACAUCUGUUGUGUUGUGCUCUAUGUACUUCAAUACAACUAAGCUGCAAUACCACACGUAAACCGAGGACAAGUGGCGUUGUUUCUGGAGAAAAAAAAUCAGUUUUUCUAAUCCUGAAUAACCCCUUUUAAAGCAAAGCUGCUGUUUGGAUCAGAUUUAACUGUUUUCUAUAAGGAAGUUGCACUUAUAAGCGAUAAUCCCUUUUAGUGGCGACGGUGGUUUCCAUAAUAUGUGCAUAGUAACAUGGAAAUUGGUGGAAUUCUUGAGGCGGGGUGACAAGUAUCAUUAUUAUUUUUUUUUUCACAGCACUUGAAUGUCUUACUUCUAAAGAGACAGAAAAUCCUAUUUUUCUAUAUAAUUAAACCCAAAAUGUCUUUGUUUAAAAUCUUACUGAAGUGUAUUUAUAAGUCUUAGUCCACUUGCAGCAGUGUUCUUUAACUUGGGCCUCUGAAGGGCUAUGUUCACACUAUGGAAUCUCUGCCUGGAGCUAUUGCUAUUGCCACUGCUGAAAUCUUUCUGCGACAUGACUGCACGGACAUGCACUGUCUUUUUUAACAGCAACACAGUCUGCGCUGAUUUCCGUUUUCCCCGCCCCCCCCCCCAAAAAAAAAUUUACUUGCAAAUUUUUUUUAUUUUUUUUUUGUGGUUUCGUAGUCCAGAAUUUCCUCAGUGUGAAAUGUGCAGCAGAAUCCCAUCGAAAAUGAGAGGCUGCUGCACUAGAGUUUCUGAGUGGAAUUCACUUGAAAAUUCUGUAGUGUGAACGUACCCAAACUAUGACAAAACAACAAUUCCCAACAGGACGAGCUGUGAGUUGUCUUGUAGAGAUCCAGGAUUAAGAACACUGGUGUCUAGCGGAUACAUUCUCUAUCCCCCAUAAUUUAUGGGAUAUGAUCCCAGCAGAGCAAAAGAGAAAAACCUUUACUGAGCUCUUAAUCUGGGAAGGAUUCUUCUCUCUUACAGGCAGAGAUCUUUCACACCAACAUAUGCGAUUGACCUUCAAAUGCUGGUGUGAAAGUGACCAAAUGGUAAGAACGAAAUUACUUAUGACUCCACGUACAUGAAUACUUCUUUGAUGCCCACAGGUCCAUAAUUUAUUUAAAUUUUAUUUUUUCAUUUUUAGUUAGCCUUUGUUUAUUUUAGUAGAGCGAAAUUAUUUUAAUUGGUCAUUACUGGAACCUGAUAGAUGUGACACUAUCAAAUGUUCUGGAUUAUCAGAUGAUCACAUAUAGCAGUGGUGUCUAAACUGUGGACUUUCCAGAUGUUGCAAAACUACAACUUGUUUUAGUUUUGCAACAGCUUGAUACCCACAGUUUGGAGACUUAAGAUCUACAGUCAUCGGUUUAAGCCAUCUACAAUGUGGCCACAAGACCUGGACUUCCUCUGUUCUUCUGAACUGAACUUAGAUCACCAUAGAAGCCUACUGUAGAGGGUCCGGUGUCUUAAUACACUGAAAUAAGGCCAUAUUGUUACCGCAUGAAACCAGAAAGCGCAAAAUAAAAUGUUAGAAAAUCUGCUGCUAUAACUCUAGGAGAAAUUUUUCCAGUUGGCCAUCUCCUCAUAUUCUUGUCGAAUUAUUAAAUACUGGAUUAAAAUAAUUUUGUUGCAUAUUCUAUACCCAUCUCUAAAUCAUGAUUCCCACUGAAACUGUGCCUUUCCUUCUUGUAGUCUACUUUUGUAUUAUGUGUUUUUAUUUAGUGAAGCGAAUGUUUUUUGUUUUUAUGGGUUUUCUCCUUUUUUUGUUUUGUUUACUGCUUUGUGUCAGUUGUCUAUUUUUAUGUGCGGCAAGUUUUCACUAGGGUAUGUACAUUUUUAUUAGUUUCUUCUGUAAAUAUGUUUCUAAUAUUUAUCUUAUUUUAAAUAUCUUUUUAUUAGAUAUUUUGUUGCUUAUUAGUUCAGUUUUUGUAUUUGUAAGAGGGGAAAAAAAUUUCCUCGGGUAAAAUGUGUGGGUAGCUAUGAAAUGUACGUUUUGUUAAACUUGUUACGCAAGCUGUGUGGAGAAUAAAACUUGUACGUUCUAGAAA